UGUUGGGAUUUUCUCUUCUGUAAAUGGGUGCUCUUCUUUGCUUUUCCGCCGACUAUAAUGAUCUUUUGAGGUUGAUGUAAAGUUUUGGAAUCCCUCUCUAAUAAAAGUUCUUGAAUAUUUUAUUCCAGCAGGUCUGGCGAGUCCAAACUCCAUCACGUUCAAAUAGUCUCACCUUGUGCACAGGUUCUCCGUCCGACCCAUUGGCGCUGAAUAAAGGAAAAGUGGUUCUGCUUUUCUGAAGACAAGUGAGCAUGUAAGGUUGGGUGGAAAUCAAAGGAAAGCAUCAGUGAAGGUUCAAGCGAGAAGGCUGACGGUUUAUUAUCCAGAUAAAGUUGCUUAAAGAAAAAAGCCUGAACGGUCAAACGGGUCUCAUGUGACUCUCUUUUCUCGUGCAUGGUGAAGCUUCAGGUAUUGGUUUUGAUAUCAGGGUCUUCUCGGGUGCAAAGAAGUGGCAGGAGGGAGGGGUUAGUAUAAUGCCCUUGGCUUUUCCUGUCACUGUUGUUCUGCUUCUGCUUGAGCUUGAGCUUGGUGUUUUGGAAGGAAAGUGCCAUGUGUUGAGCUCAGAUGUGAGCACAUGGCUCCUCCUAUUUCCAAGCUCUAAUCACUGUAAACUAAUGCAAGGGAAGGCAGCGAUUUGGGUUUUCCUAGAGAAUCAGUUGCUGCAGAGAACCGUCUGAUUGGUGUGGGCAAACAAAAAACCGAGUUCCUUUUAAAUUUUUUUCUUUUUUCUUUUAAAUUGGGAAGUGUGACAUGUGAGACUGUGAUAAAAGAAACGAUCCAGAAAAUAUAUUAGUCCUUUCCUUUCAACUUUCGCAACUUGCUUCUUGUUCUGCAAAACCCAAUUCAGGGCAUACGCUUGUUCCCCAAAUUUCAAAGCUGGUUGCUAGGUUAUGUUCAUAUGGAGAUGUUGUUUUUCCACGUACUUGUUGAAGUGGUGUCUUAGCAGCAGCACUAGCCCCUCUAACUCCAUGUAAAAUCUAUAGUUUUCUUGGCCACCACAAGCCUUUCAGCAACAUUUUGAGCUCAAAGAGGCGAAGUGUUGCUCUUCCUCUUUCUGCGGAUAAGUUGCUAUAAGCCCAGUGUUGCUGUGUUUGUUUCCCAUUCUAUUGCACUUCAUCUAGCGUUCUCCAGCCUUUUUUCUGUCUCCUUGGUUGGCUUGAUUGUUAAUUGCAGCUGAAGGUACCUUCUGUUUCUUUUCUGUUCCUCAACUUUCCCACAUAAAGCACUGUUUGAGCUGCAUUCCCUCUCCCAUCUGGUCAUAUCUGGUGCUUUUUUUAUCCCUACAAAGUGGAAGCCUAUCUUUUCACUUUGUCCAUCAUUCAGAGAACAGCAUCAAUAUUAUCCCCCUCUUUUUUUUCCCCAAAAGUCAAUGAUCCUGGAAACUGAUACUGGAAAUCAAAUGUCUUCACUUAUAUGUGACUUACUACCGUGGAUUUCGGUUCUGAUUACAUGGCUGAUUUUGGGUCAUCUACUGGAGUUUGGUUUAGCAUCAAUCCUCUUCACAUCUAUAGCUUUACUCUCGUCAAGUGUGCUCUUCGCAUUAUCGAGGCGAAAGCCAGUCUUCAUGGCGGAACCUUUCGAGGAGGAGAUUUUCAGAUCUGAUCAAGAAACUUUGCCUAAUAAAGAGGAUGGAGCAUUGCUUACCCAGCCACGAAUUGAGUCAGUGCCCCAGAUGAGAGAAGCCCAAGCACAAGCAAAUAUGUUUCAGCCUGAAGGGUGCACGGUUAGAUCAUCACUGGAUACAAGUUCAGAGAGUGAAUGCAUCAAUAACUUCUCCACGAGUGAAGAUUCAGAAGCCGAGUGGCUCUUCAAGGAAGACAUGGAUCACAGCCCGGAUUGCUCGGACGGCUCGAUCACCGAUGAGGAGAGCUUAAUUGAGAUUUCCAUCCCAAGUGGGCAUUAUGUUGGUCAAAAAGAGGAAGAGCCGAAGUUCUGUUUGAAGCAAAAAUUCACAGAUUUCACACCAGAUUCCAUUUUCCAACAGAACUGUCUAGCUGAUCUCUUAGCUGAGAUCAAUGAGAUGAAUGAGGAAGAUGAUAAUUUGAUCGAGAUAGACAUAUCCAUGGGAUCCAUCAAGUGCUCAAGGUUUGAAAUUGAAGCUCGAGUUAUUUCACUUUAAAGCUGGCUCUGUUUUCCAUAUUUUCUUAACCACUUGUGGGUCCUGAUGUGAAGAAUUAGGGUUUUAGGACAUGUUAUGCUCUGCUCUAUUCUGAAUUUUGCCCAGGUGGGGACUUUGGAUACCCUCUAAAGCAUUUAGUGCUAUUGACCCUUUGUUUUCUCUUGAUGCACAUUAAAGUAUUAAAAGUUUAAAGGGCCAUAUGAUGGAACCCCACUUGCUGCUCUUUUCAUAAGACCUCCUGUUAUGCUUUCAA